AUGGCGACUGUUACAGGAAAAGCGCCGAGGCAGAAGAUCGGGACAUCUGGAGCUGCCACUGGAGCUAAGGCCCGGAUCCGCUCCCUGAUGGGGGGCUUUGCCAAGGGUCUCACACACCCCGUCGCCCAUGCCCCAUCGUCCACCCUGCCAGCUGCCCUUGACGAUGAGACUGGCUGCUCUCUGUGUCACCCGGGGGAAUGGGAGCGGCUCACCAAGGCGACCAACGAGGACGAGCAGGAGGAGGACCAGCGGUUCGAGACGCCUGGACAGACUCGGUCGUCGCCCGGUGCUUUGUUUGACCCCAGAUGCAAGGAUGCGACAUCAGAUCCCCACAUCCACGACGACAAUUCCCGCCCUGAGAUCCGAGAUUGGCAUGGCCAGCCAUGGGCAAAGCACCGGCUUAGACACCUGGAUGGUUACAGAGUCCAGACUUCAGACUGA